GGGAGCUAAGGAAGGGGAUAAGGGUGAUUGGUAGAGUGAUAGAGUGUGCUAGAGGCUGAUGCUGGAGUUUGUGUUUUAUGUGGCUUGUAGGGGUGUAGGUAUAUGAUAUUUCGAUUUACCAAUUCAGCAUGUCCUAUCAAUUAUAUAGAAACACAACAUUGGGCAACACUUUGCAAGAAAGCCUUGAUGAGUUAAUCCAGUAUGGUCAGAUCACACCUCAGCUUGCUAUUAAAGUUCUCCUGCAGUUCGACAAAUCAAUCAAUAUGGCCCUUGCUACAAGAGUCAAGUCCAGACUCACGUUCAAGGCUGGCAAGCUGAACACAUAUCGUUUCUGUGACAAUGUAUGGACAUUCAUGUUGAAUGAUGUUGAGUUUCGUGAGGCACAGGAGAUGGCCAAGGUGGACAAAGUGAAGAUUGUGGCGUGUGAUGGAAAGAAUGUUGGUGAGGAAACUGCUCCUUCAAAGCGGUGACUUGCAUCAGGAUUAUCAAUUUUUGGCAGUGAGAAGUAUAAAAGUGUCUCUGUGUGCAAAUGUAUAGUAAAUAUUGUUUAAUUGUGUUGUGUAGCACCAAGCCAUUUGUUUUGCCAAUAGCCUCAGUAUGUAACUGGCUGCACACAUGUCCUACAUUGCCAUGAUAGGUUGGUAAAAUUGUGGCCCAAGCCAGAAGCUUUUUUUUUNUUUUUUUUUUAAUUUUGAGUUGAAUACUUUAGUUUUUAAGGAAAUAAGUGAAAUGGGUUCCCCCCCCCACCUUGGUGGUGAUGUGCUGCACUCACAGUCCUGAAAGUGUCUGUACAUGCAUUUCACCAGGUGGGUGGGAAUCACUUCCUAUCUGUUCCUUAUAUUUUUUGAAGGUACAGUCAGUUUAUUAUGGUUAAAUGUGAGAUGGAUGAUGUAAGAUCUGAAGUUCUCACAGCAGCUAAAGUGAAUGGAAUGUUCUUGGGCUGUCAGCAGUGACAAUUGGUUAAAAAUGAUAAGUGUUUCAGGGACCAUCUCCGUUCCCAAUAUCAGGAUCUGACAUGACAUUGGAUCUAUCCCUAGGUAAGUGGGAGGGGGGGGUGACAGCAGGUUAGCUUAGUUUUGUCUCCAGGACUAACAGAUUGAAUCCUCCAUUGCUGUUGUAGUUUCUGGGGUGGCAAGUGCAUUUAGCCCAACAAGAGUUCACUGAGAUGGAUUAUAUUUAGGUGUUAUUUUGAUUAUGUAUUGUGAUUUUAAUAUGGAACUGGAUUUGAUUGUUGUAAUUUGUUGAAGACUAUUAGAUGACUGUAACUUUA